AUGGCAUUUAAAAGUGAUUUAAAACAAUUAUUAAAGCCCUAUUACUGGCUGAAUAUCAUGCUUAGUUUAUCCUACGUUAUUGCUAAACGGACGUAUUUAACAUGUGAGUUUUUGUUUCCAAAUGCCGACUGUGAAUUAGAUAGCAGGGAAACGGAAAUCCUAUUUUUCCUAAUUAUUGUCGUCAUGCUCAGGACAAGGAAGGCUGGAAGUGUGACAAUGGUCAAUUAUUUAUCUUCAUCCUUUGUUUACACGAAGAUCGCAAACUUAAUUCUGUGGUUCUAUGCAGAUGUAAGGUACGGAAUACCAUAUGGUGCAAUACUCAUAUUAUCUGCUCUUCUUCUCCCUGAGCCCACUUAUUCCGGUCCAGAGCUGGUAACCUACUUCAGAGGAGCCCAAGUGUUUGAAGAUGAACUGAAGCAUCAUAAGAACACCACCUGGAUUGUCUGUUUGUAUGCAGCAUGGCAUCCAGCAUGUGUUAACUUUGCUCCUGUAUUCUCCGAGUUGUCGGCCAGUUAUAGUUUGGAGAACUUCAAAUUUGGAAAAAUUGAUGUUGGCAGAUACCCAGAAGCAGCAACUAAAUACAGAGUACAAGAUGGGCCGACCAGUCGUCAGCUGCCAACUUUGUUACUCUUCAGUGAGGGUCAGGAGAAGGCGAGAAAGCCUCAUGCUGACCACACUGGAAAGUUGCAGAAAUUUCUCUUUUCCAAAGACAAUAUUAAGGCUGCAUUUAACAUUGAUGGGAUUUAUGAAGAGUGUAAAUCUAAGUUAGCCGCUAAAUCUAAGAAGACUGAAAAAGUCGAAUAA